UGAAUCUUUACAUUACCGGAUUUCCCGCGUUUUCAAUGUUGUUUAACCGAUUCUUUAAAAAUAAAUUCGAAUUUUUCACAUUUUAAACUAUAAUUAAGAUUUCUCGGUAAAUAUGGACUUUCUAGAGUUUUCGUCCAUUUCCAGUGAACAAAGAGGAAGUAUGGCAACUGGAAGAUUGAAACUUACGAAUGAAGCGAUUAUAUGGAAGUCUGAUAAAACAGGCAAAGUUGAUGAGAUUAGUUCAGGUGAAAUUGAAUGUGCUAAUUAUCAGAGAUUUGUUGGACAUUUUGGUUUGCGACUUUUCCUCAAAAAUGGCACUUUGCAUCGAUUUCAAGGCUUUAAGGAAGACGAAAAGAAGCUCGCUGAUUUCUUUAAGAAGCACUAUAAACUUGAGAUGCUUGAAAAAGAGCUAUCAAUGAGAGGAUGGAACUGGGGAAAUGUUAAUUUCAAAGGAGAUGUCCUUAGUUUCGAUAUUAAUGAUAAAACAGCUUUUGAAGUUUCCAUUUCGAAUGUAUCGCAAUGUAAUCAAGGCAAGAAUGAAAUUACAUUAGAGUUCCAUCAGAACGAUGAUGCACCAGUUAGCUUAAUGGAGAUGCGUUAUCAUAUUCCAACAACCGAAUCUAGUGAAACAGAUCCAGUUGAAAAUUUCUACAACAACAUAAUUAAGAAGGCUUCAGUUUUAUCCGUUUCUGGUGAUGCUAUUGCUAUAUUUAAUGAAAUUCAAUGUCUUACACCUCGCGGUCGUUAUGAUAUUAAAGUAUUUCAGUCAUUCUUUCAACUUCACGGUAAAACUUAUGAUUACAAGAUUCCAUUAUCAACAGUAUUGCGGCUAUUCCUUCUUCCACACAAAGACAAUCGUCAAAUGUUUUUCGUCGUUUCCUUAGACCCGCCAAUUAAGCAAGGUCAAACAAGAUAUCACUUUUUAGUGCUCCUAUUCGGAAUGGAAGAAGAAACAACUAUUGAAUUGCCAUUCACUGAUAUGGAACUAAAGGAUAAAUAUGAAGAUAAAUUGGCAAAAGAAAUGUCUGGUCCAAUUUAUGAAGUUCUUGGUAAAAUCAUGAAAGUUAUCAUUAAUCGAAAAUUAACUGGUCCUGGAAGUUUCAUUGGACAUUCUGGAACGCCAGCUGUAUCAUGCUCAUUUAAAGCUGCUGCCGGUUAUUUAUAUCCAUUAGAAAGAGGAUUCAUUUAUGUCCAUAAGCCACCAUUACACAUUAGAUUUGAGGAAAUUGCUUGUGUUAACUUUGCUCGAGGUGGUGGUUCCACUAAAAGUUUUGAUUUUGAAGUUGAUUUAAAGUCAGGAACAACACAUACAUUCAGUAGUAUCGAAAAGGAAGAAUAUAGCAAGCUUUAUGAUUAUAUUGUGUCCAAGAAAAUAACUGUUAAGAAUACUGGCAAGAUGACAUCGAAUUAUAAUGAAGAUUUUGGUGAUUCUGAUAAGGAAGAACCUGAUGCAUAUUUGGCAAGAGUUAAAGCUGAAGCACAAGAACGAGAUUAUGGUGAAGAAAGUGGAAGUGAUGAGGAAUCAACAGACGAAGAUUUCAAUCCAAACGAACAAGAAUCUGAUGUUGCUGAAGAGUUUGACAGUAAUAUUAGUAGUUCCAGUGGAUCUGAAGGCGGUUCUGGUGAUGAGGAAAAGAAGAAAAAGAAAAAAGAAAAGCGUGAAAAACGAGAAAAGAAACGUCAAAGUUCGCCCAAGAAAAGUUCAAAGAAAAAUAAGAAAGAUCGCGAUGAAAAUGCACCUAAACGUCCACAGAGUGGCUACAUGAUUUGGUUCAAUGAGAAUCGUGAGAAAAUCAAGAAGGAUAAUCCAGGCAUAAAAGUAACAGACAUUGCAAAGAAAGCUGGUGAACUUUGGUCAACAAUGAAAGACAAAAAGGAGUGGGAUGAGAAAGCAGCUAAAGAAAAAGAACGAUACACAAAGGAAAUGGAUGAAUAUAAAGCAUCAGGCGGUGGACCUGUUAAGCCAAGCAGCAGUGCUGGAGGAGAAAAACGAAAGAAGGAAAUUAAACCUGCAGCAAAUUCUGGCUCAGGUGCAGGUGGUGGAUUCAAAUCAAAAGAAUACAUCUCUGAAGAUUCAAGCAGUGGAAAUGACGAGGAUGGCAAGAAAAAGAAGAAAAAGAAAAAGGCAAAGAAAGAAGAAAGCCCAGCUGUCAGUGAAGAGGAAGAAGACAAAAAGAAGAAAAAGGCAAAGAAAGACGAAAGUUCUGCAGCCAGUGAAGAUGAGGAUGAAGGCAGUGAUUAAAUCUCAACAUACUUGCUACAUUACAAAAGUUAAUUUUCCUAUAUUUUGUCUACCUUGUUUUGUAAGUUAUUUUCAUUACGAAUAAACUCCUGAAAGAUGUUUAAUUAAGAAAACAA